CCUCGUUCCCCUUCGAGAAGUCAACGAAAGCACGAAGAAGACUGUUUCAUAGAUGUUAUCUAGGAUACCUUUUGUAAUAUUUGUUGGUGACAUUGGUGUUCUGGUUUCAAUACAAGUAUGUAUAAAGCACCCGUUUCUUUUAUAAAUAUGGCCGUACAUCUUCGUCCUUCGAGAAAAACGAAGCCCUCAGUGUUUCUCCUUUCACUAGACUUCAUUUAUCAAGCAUGGAAACAAAUUAAUUGAUUACCAUUACCACAAUGUCUCUAUCUAAUCUUAAUACCCCCGUCCCGGGUAUUCCUUACUUUACGCCGCAACAUCUACACUCGCCCGGCACUCCAAACGAGCUCUCCUCAAAGACACCCACCUUAUUCAGACCACUUCAAAUCCGGGGAGUCACUCUUCGCAACCGUAUCACGGUUUCGCCCAUGUGCCAAUACUCUGCAGCACCAUCUGGACCUGAAAUUGGUUCUUUAACAGAUUGGCAUGUUGUAACACUAGGCCAUUAUGCCAUCAAAGGAGCAGCUCUCGUUUUCGUUGAAGCUACAAGCGUGCAACCUAAUGGGAGAAUUUCGCCAAAUUGCCCCGGCUUGUGGGAUGAUGCGCAAAUUAAAGGCUUGAGACGAGUUGCCGACUUUGUUAGAUCUCAAGGUGCCCUUACAGGCAUACAACUAGCGCAUGCUGGUCGCAAGAGUAGUACUGCCGCGCCUUGGGUAUCUACGGUUCUCGGUAGAAAAUCCAAAAGGGCUGACAAAGAUAUCGGCGGUUGGCCAAAUGACGUGAAGGGUCCUUCCGGCGGUGAAAGCCAAACCUGGGAUGGCUUUUUUGAUAGCGAGCAGAGCCGGUUCUGGCCUCCCAAAGCCCUGACAACGCAAGAAAUUAAAGAGAUCGUCCAAGAUUUUGCGAAGGCAGCAGAGAGGAGUGUGAAGGCUGGAGUUGACGUGAUAGAGAUCCAUGCUGCACAUGGGUAUCUUCUACACCAAUUCCUGUCUCCAAUAUCUAACCGAAGAACGAAUGAAUACGGCGGUAGUUUUGAAAAUAGGACAAGACUUCUUUUUGAAGUCAUCGAAGCUAUCAGGCGUGCUAUCCCAACAAGUAUGCCGCUCUUCCUCCGCAUGUCAGCAACCGAAUUUCUAGAAGAUACCGACUUGGGUAAAGAACUUGGGUCGUGGGACGUUGAAUCAACGAUCGAGGUAGCGAGACAACUUCCCGCUCUAGGCGUUGACCUGCUAGACGUUAGUAGCGGUGGCAACAAUCCCGGCCAACGUAUUGACGGAGUUAACACCAAGAACUGUCACGUCAAGAUCGCCGGACGUAUCAGAAACGCCGUGAAUGCUGAUGGUUUGAAACUUCUAAUCGGUGCUGUUGGCCUAAUUACCGAAGCAGAACAGGCAAGAGACAUCGUUGAGAAUGCUGACGCUAGCGUGCAGCUCAAGAGUGCUAUCGAUGAGGAGGCUAGGACAGCGAAAGAGAUGACUGACGCAAAGAACGGUAAAGUGCCCAUGGCGGAUGUUAUUUUGGUCGGCAGGCAGUUCCUGAGGGAAUCGGAUUGGGUGUUAAAUGUUGCGUGGAAGUUAGGUCUGGAUGUCUGGUGGCCAAAUCAAUUUAUGCGAGCUUCAUAUUCUACGACAACGUAGGUAAGUGGUUUGAAGAUAGAGUAAUAGGACUUGGCUCGAGUAUCUACCCACCCGGGUUUUAUAACUGCCCAGCGUUGCAUCGCGCCUUUACCUGAGGCGUUAACAAGUAUGACAGCAAUACAAUAAGAUAAAGCGGACCUUUAUAAUCACCUCAUUGGCAUUUUUGUUGAUGGAUCUGUUGGUGGUGCUGGCAUGGAGCUGCUUGUACUCCGUUAUUAUCUACGCCGCGAAAGCCGGUGUUUGUAAGAAUAUCUCCUCUUUUCGCACCUAAGCGUUAGUUAACCCGGAAUAUGG